UUACUGUUUAGCAAAGGUACAGAGUACAGGGCAAAGUACAAGGAUCAACAUCAAGAUGGCUGCACUAAUCUCCAGACGAUUGUUUUCCCCUCUACACCCAUCAGUACGAUGUUUAAGUACUACCAGUCCCAAGUCCAAUGCAUCAUCUCAGUCAAAAACCAAAAGCUCCCUGAACAGACAGGACAGGAAAAACAUUGUUUUAGUGGAAGGAGUCCGUACACCAUUUCUACUUUCGGGUACAACAUACAAGAACCUGAUGCCACAUGACUUAGCUCGUGACGCCUUAAGGGGACUGGUCAAACGAACCAAUGUACCAACGGAUGGAGUCGACUACAUUAUUAUGGGCUGUGUUAUUAUGGAAGUGAAAACAAGCAAUAUUGCAAGGGAGGCUGCACUUGGAGCAGGAUUUUCUAAUCGCAUUCCAGCCCAUACAGUGACCCAAGCUUGUAUUUCAGCCAACCAAGCAAUUACCACAGGUAUGGGUCUUAUAGCGUCUGGUGAAUGUGAUACUAUCAUAGCUGGUGGCGUGGAGUUCAUGUCUGAUGUCCCCAUUCGACACAGCAGAAAGAUGCGCAAGAUCUUGCUGUCCUCUCAGAAGGCCAAGUCCAUCCCAGCCAAACUGCAGCUGGUCAGACAAGCCUUGAGUCCUUCAGUCUGGGUGCCAGAGCUGCCUGCUGUAGCAGAGUUUUCCACCAAUGAAACCAUGGGACAUUCUGCUGACAGACUGGCUGCCGCAUUUCAAGUCUCUCGACGGGAACAGGAUGAGUUUGCCUUGCGAUCUCACACUUUAGCCCAGAAAGCUACAGAUCAAGGGUUGUUGAUUGACAGACUAGACUACAAAGUUCCAGGUGUAGCAGAGCCAGUGACUAAAGAUAAUGGCAUUCGUCCAUCAUCCAUUGAGCAGCUCUCUAAACUAAAGCCAGCCUUCAUCAAGCCCCACGGGACCAUUACAGCAGCCAAUGCUUCAUUUCUGACUGAUGGAGCCUCUGCCUGCCUUAUCAUGUCAGAAGCCCAUGCCUUAAAGAUGGGGUAUAAACCUAAGGCCUACCUCAGAGAUUUCCUGUAUGUAGCACAAGAUCCAAAAGAUCAACUUCUGCUUGGCCCUGCCUAUGCCACACCCAGGCUGUUGAAGAAAGCUGGCCUUACUCUUGGAGACAUUGAUGCUUUUGAAAUUCAUGAGGCUUUUGCUGGUCAAGUCUUGUCAAACUUUAAAGCUCUGGACUCUGACACAUUCGCCCAAAGUUAUAUGGGCUUGUCUUCUAAGCCUGGAGCGCCACCUAUGGAGAAAGUCAACACUUGGGGUGGAUCUUUAUCUCUUGGCCAUCCUUUUGGAGCAACAGGUGUCCGUCUGGCCACCACAGCGGCCAACAGGCUGAUCCAUGAAGAUGGCCAGUUUGCCCUGAUUGCAGCAUGUGCAGCUGGUGGCCAUGGUCAUGCAAUGAUCAUUGAGAGAUAUCCUUCUUGAGAUGUGUCUGCUGUCUAGUUGACUGCAUUUUAAAUUAAUUGUGCAACCCGAUUGAUUGUUUUCAUAAUUUAACAUUAUUGAACAUGAAAAUAGAUUUAUUUAUUACUUUGUUAAUGUGAACAAUUGACACAUUUUUGCUGGUCAAUUUACACACACUAUCUAGCUAAAAUAUUUGAUGCUACAUUUUCUUGAUGUUCUAUGAAUGAAUGAGUUGACCUGUGAACAAUUACACACACUAUCUAGCUAAAAUAUUUGAUGCUACAUUUUCUUGAUGUUCUAUGAAUGAAUGAGUUGACCUGUGAACAAUUACACACAAUAUCUAGCUAAAAUAUUUGAUGCUACAUUUUCUUGAUGUUCUAUGAAUGAAUGAGUUGACCUGUGAACAAUUAACACACACUAUCUAGCUAAAAUAUUUGAUGCUACAUUUUCUUGAUGUUCUAUGAAUGAAUGAGUUGACCUGUGAACAAAUUUGUCUUUAUCUCAGCUGUGUGCCACCAGUUGGUCUAAGCUUGAUGAUAUAUGUAUAUAGAGAUUCAUUUCAUUGGGAAAUUUAUCUUCUGAUUGCAAUUUUUUGUUGUCAUAUGUCUAUGUCAAUUUUUCGUUGUCAUAUGUCUAUGUGUCAUUUUUUGUUGUCAUAUGUCUAUGUGUCAUUUUUUUUUGGCCAUGUCAUUAAUUUAUCAUUGCAUUAUGUCAUUAAUUAACAUUGCCAUGUGUUAUUAUUCAACUGUUGCUUAUGUCAUUAGUCCAUAAUUGCUAUAUGUCAUUGCCAUGUGUUAUUAUUCAACUAUUGCGUAUGUCAUUAGUCUAUAAUUGCCAUAUGUCAUUGCCAUGUGUUAUUAUUCAACUAUUGCGUAUGUCAUUAGUUUAUAAUUGCGAUAUGUCAUUGCCAUGUGCCAUUAUUAUAGUUCUGUUACAGGGUGUAACAAUAUUUCUGUUCUCAUAAUCCAUCAUCGCCAUAUGUCAUUAAUCUACUGUUGCCAUGACCUAUUGCCAACUGUGAUUCCAUAUAAUUAUGAUUCUACACAAAAUGAACUUAAUAUUGAAUAAAUGAACCUUUUUUCUA